UAGGUGGUGGCAGGUGGGCGGUGGCGGGCGUUCGUUUUCCAAUACGAAGGGCAUGAUGGUGGGUUGCGGCGAGGGUCAUCGUGCUGCGUGGUCGGCGACGGAGAAGACAGUGGUCACGGCGGCUGCGAUCGCCGUGGUGAUCUGCAACCAAGUUCAGAGGGCGGCAGGGCGCAUGAAGGUUGUGGUCGACCUGGAUCUGCGUGUUAUAGAUGUGCUCGCUGGGUAUCCUGGGAGCUGCCAUGACAUCGGGGUGAUCCAACUGUCUAGUCCGUCGCGGCGCCCGAAAGAGGGAACGCUGUUUCAUGGGCCGCCUGUCACGUUGUCGGGUGGGUUGAGGACGAACAGAUACAUCUUGGGCGACAACGGGUACCCUCCUUCUGAAUGGGUAGUGGUGUCAUACAGAGGAAUCAAUCAGCACCCCGUCGAGGAAAGGUUCGACACGAAGCAGAAGGUCGCAAGAGGGGUUGUCGAGAGGACGUUCGGGCGGUUGACGGGGAUGUGGACGCUCUUCCUACGGACGCACAAGACCAACCUAGACACUCUACUGCAGCAGUUCACGAUUGUCUGCAUUCUACAGAAUCUACACAACAUUCUCCUGGAUGCUGGUAUCGAGUUCGACGAGAAUCUGCUAUGGGAGACCGACGAGAACGGGGUGUGGCGCUGACUGGAUCUGGGGAUUCAUCUUCCCCCGCGGCCAGCCAACAAUUCCACUUCCACGAACGAGGCGAUUGCGCUCCAAGACGCUCUAGCAGAGCAAAUGAAGCACAUGUGAUCCG